UGAGGCUCGGACCUCGAUAGUGUGUUUCGUGUGACAGUGACAGUGAGACACAGUUUCUGGUUUUCUAUUUCGGUUUCCGGCGGUUUCUGUGCGAUGUGCUACAGUCUCAUCGGUCUCCGCAUCCUCUGUCUCGCGUAGUCGGAGCUCGGAACCUCACGAUGGAGUGCCGCAAGGGUCGACGGAAAGGAGGAGCUCCGAUCCUCGGCAGUCUGCUACUUGCGUGGUUCUUAACCAACGGCUGCGCCGUCGUCGCACGAAAUAUAGGUAAGAAGCCGUCGGUGCCACUUUCAUAUCGAGACAAAUUCAAAAUAGAGAGGUACGACACCGCAUACGCUUGCGAGGGCAAGACGCUGGAGAUCGAGUGCGGCGAGGGCAAGCUGAUUCACCUGAUACGGGCGAACUAUGGCAGGUUCUCCAUCACGAUAUGCAACGAGCACGGGAACACCGAGUGGAGCGUCAACUGCAUGUCGCCCAAAUCGUUCCGCGUGCUGAACAAUGAGUGCAAUCAUCGUAAUUCCUGUUCGGUGGACGUGCGCAGCGAUGUUUUCGAGGAAGACCCUUGUCCUGGAACCGGAAAAUACAUCGAGGCUCACUACCAGUGCUUAGCGGCUACCACCACGACGACGUCCCGGCCGAGUCCGCCGUGGUUCGUAACUUCACAGCCGAGUGUCUGGAGUACCGCUAAGCCGACUGUCAGGCCUCCCUCGAGGAUUACGACACCGGCCCAGCAGCCACCCCAACAGCCACCGGCGCCAUCCACCCCGGUGAUGCCGAUAACGACGCCGGCAAGUUCGACGUCAACAAGGUCCUCCGCCGACGAAGUCGAUGAGGAAGAUCAGGACUUAAUACCUGCGAAUGGUUCUCCAGCGGUGCCGCCGAUGUUUGAGACCACUCAAGCCACGACAACGUCCACCUUCGCACCUUGGAGAACCAGCCGAAGGACCACCGUACCCAGUACGCUGUACCCGGAGUCUAGUUCGAACGGUCAGUGGUACGAUUACGGCAGACAAGUGUGUCCUCCGGUGGUAGCCAGAAACUUGUCCUGGAACACUACCAGAGCCGGCGAAGUGGCUGUACAGAGCUGUCCCGGCGGUGCCAACGGUUUGGCCAGAUGGCGAUGUCUGGUCCGCGGAGAAUCAGCCUUCUGGCACCGCGAUAGUCCAGAUCUGAGCGAGUGCCGAUCCGUCUGGUUGACCACCCUGGAGAACCGCGUGACGGACGGCGACGUAAUUCUCGGCAUCAGCAGGGAGCUCUCGCAGGUCACGAAUAACAGCCGUGGCCUGUACGGUGGCGACAUGAUGAUUACUACGAAGAUCAUCAAAAACAUGGCCGAGAAGAUGGCCCUAGACAUUAAAACUUACCAAGACCCGAAUCAGAGGGAGGUCAGCGUCACGGAGCUGCUGCAAGGCGUAGUACGGACCGGCAGCAAUCUGCUCGACAAGGCGCAAAUGGCGUCCUGGAAGGAUCUCAGUCAUCAGGAACAGAUGAGGGUCGCAACGUCGCUGUUGAUCGGUCUUGAGGAGAACGCCUUUUUAUUGGCCGACACACUUAUGCACGAGAAGACUAUUAUGCAUGAAGGCAAAAACAUAUUGAUGGAAGUUCGCGUACUGGACGCGCGCAACAUCGACAACGAGCUGGAAGUUUUCCCGAGCGAGGCCGCCCAGCAAAGGUGGACCGUCUCGAGCGAUCGCGUGGUACUUACCAGGGGCGCUUUGCUGGACAACAGCGAGGCCGGCAUCGUCCGGCUGGUCUUCAUGGCCUUUGACAGACUCGAGGAGAUACUGCAGCCGCAAGCGGAGUCGCCGUCCGUCGUCAUGAGCGACGAUCCCCAACCCCAGCCGCGUAGGAACACCACCCGUCUUCUCAACAGCAAAGUUAUCUCGGCGUCCUUGGGAAAAGGUCGGCACAUACAGCUCUCGGAACCCGUUCGAGUGUAUUUCAGACAUCUGGCGGUCGAGAACGUCACCAACCCCACUUGCGUCUUCUGGGAUUACAUCUUGAGCGCCUGGUCGGACGAGGGUUGCCAGAUACAAAAGACCAACGAAACUCACACCGUGUGCGAAUGCAAUCACCUGACGAACUUCGCCGUGCUGAUGGACGUGCACGCCGUUAGGCUGGACAUCGCCCAUCAGGUCGCCCUGCAGAUCAUCACGUAUAUAGGCUGCAUCAUUUCCGUCGUCUGCCUCGUCCUGGCCAUUCUCACGUUUCAAUUAUUUCGCGGACUAAAGUCGGACAGGACGACGAUCCACAAGAAUCUUUGCGUGUGCCUGCUGAUUGCCGAGGUACUCUUCGUUUGCGGGAUCGGCCAAACUAAUCAGAGGAUCGUCUGCGGCAUCGUGGCCGGUUUAUUGCACUUCUUUUUCUUGUGCGCGUUCGCCUGGAUGUUCCUCGAAGGAUUUCAAUUAUACGUGAUGCUGAUCGAGGUAUUCGAAGCGGAAAAAUCGCGGCUUCGGUGGUACUAUCUGGUCGCGUAUGGCGCACCGCUGCUGGUCGUUGCAAUUUCGUGCAUAAUCGAUCCACUCAGCUACGGUACCGAUCGGUACUGCUGGCUGCGCGCGGAUAAUUAUUUCAUCUUCAGCUUCGUCGGACCUGUGAUACUCGUCAUACUGGCAAAUUUGGUAUUUCUAUCGAUGGCAAUCUAUAUGAUGUGUCGACAUGCGAACACGACCGUGGCCAUGAAAAGCAAGGAGCAUUCCCGAUUGGCUAGCGCAAGUGGAAAGGAAGAGAAUGCUCUUCCCAACAAAUUGCAAGCGCACUUGGCCUGGCUGCGAGGCGCUAUCGUGCUGGUGUUUCUACUAGGUCUGACCUGGACGUUCGGGCUUCUCUACUUAAACCAAGAAUCCGUUGUGAUGGCGUACAUCUUCACCGUAUUGAACAGUCUCCAGGGGCUGUUUAUCUUUGUGUUCCAUUGCGUACAGAACGAGAAGGUGAGGAAGGAGUACCGGAAGUUCGUGCGCCGUCAUUCCUGGCUGCCGAAGUGCCUGAGGUGCUCGAAGACGGUGACGGGCGGCUCGGCCGGCUCUACCGGCGGCACCGGCGGCACCGGCGGCGCCAACGGCGGCAAGGACUUCGCCUCGCACAACACCUCGUCGAACCCCUCGGCUCCUACUACGGACAGCUCCGGACUGUCGCCUCAUGCAGCCACCAAUUACUUGGUAUCCGGUCGAAGCUGGGCGAUAGUCGAUAGGCAGCCGGCAGUAACGGUGCCAGGUGAACCCGCCUCGACCGAGGCUCACAUCGUGGCCACCCUGCCGUACGCACGUCACGCCUUCUUACCCUCAGCUCCCAAUAUCCCCAAAUCUGCCACCGCCACUUGGGGCCACCUUAACAAAAACCUCAUGUGGAAGAACAUUUCUUUUAAGUCCUACUCCCGCGACUCCGGACACGGCGGCUCCGAGCAGGAGGACUCCCCGAGGACGCACAACACCCUGACGCUCGGCCACUCCGGCAGGAGACGCGGGCCGAAUGACGUCGGCGAGAUGAACACCGGUACCAGGACAAUCGGCGGUAGACGCGCCGCGAUGCCGUACAACCAUACGUACACCGAGAUCGUGGACGGUCGCGGCAACGGCGGCGUCGCCGGGCAUCACCAACUGCACGGUCAUCACGGCCAGCACGUGCACCUGCCGCGCGGCCUCGCCAACGAGGACGAUCCGGUGUACGAGGAGAUCGAGCGUGGCGGUGGUGGCGGUGGCGGUGGCGGAGGCGGCGGCGGCAACGGCGGCGGUAACGGCGGCAUCGUCGGCGCCGGCGAGAUCCAGGUGUCGGACAUGUCCGACGAGGACGGCCGUCGGCAGAGCGACAUGAGUAGGCAGUCCUCCAGGAGCUACGGUGAUCAUCGGCCGCUGAUCCCGUACUCGCCUGCCGCUGAUCGCAACCUGGUGCACUAUGGCCAGUCGAUGACGGAACGUGGUGGCGGCGGCGGCGGUGGUGGUGGCGGCGGUAAUCUCACGCAUUACGACUCGACGGAGUACGGGCCGGCGGUGGAGCGGACUCUGAACGCCUGUUGGGAGAAACUGCGCCGGCAGCAGGCCAGGUACGAGCUCGGAGAUCUACCGCGGUUGCCGGCGCCAUACGGCUUGCCGCCGCAGCAGGACCACACGCGGACGGUGGCCGUCCUAGACGGACACACCGUCGUUUGUCACCUGCAGCCGCAAACGGACAUGUACACGGGUCGUGGUAUGCCGCCUCCGUCUUAUAGCGAGUGUUAGGUCCCCGACGACGACGCCGAUGACCCGGAAACCUUCUUCUCGCGACGGACUUUCCUAGGGGACGAUACCGUCGACCGCUCGGUACGGCGUAAACCGUCCAAAUGGUUUUCGUUUCGUCCGGGACUACGUGGUGGUGACGGUGGUGACGGUGUCGACGGAUUCGUUCCUCAAGAGAAUAACCACGUGUCGGCGACCCCCGCCAGAAGGAUGUCGAGAGGGACAUGAAACGCGGGAGAUGAACGUGCCGCUUUUUAGCUCAAGCGUAAGCGCGACGGUAUCUUGAUACAGGUCGUCGCGUUUUAGCCAUAAUCGAUCGUAUCGCGAGCGUUUAGGAAACGCCGCCCUUGUCUCCGUUCAGGUGGAAUUUGGUCGGGCGUCUCCUCGCGAACGAGCGAGACGAAGAGAGAGAGAGAGAGAGAGAGAGAGAGAGAGAAUGAGCGAAUGCGAGAUCGAUGGGCGUCCAACUAAGGCUGUCACGUCGUCCAACGGACGCCCCGUUUCUCUUAAAAUAUCUCGUGUGUGCGUGAGUGCGUACCACCGCGACGCGGAUUCUGUAUAACAAUUGUAGCGGACCUCUCGUUUAGGCUAAGUCGACGACGACAACGUGCCCGUGGAGCCCGGGCGUUUGGAAUUGGCGAACCGAGUGUGUGCAAAUAAAGAUCAGAAUGUAACGGAUCCUAGUGAAGACGGGAGCUUUUGCAAAGUCCGAAGCGAUCGCGCGAGAAGAUUGGCUUUCGAGGAGAUUUAUCCUGCAUUCGUAAGCGCGAUGUUUUUUUAAGUAAAUUUUACACGUACGUAAUGAACCAAAGUUUUAUUAUCUUAAUGUUAAAGAGUUGAUGUUAAAUCUCGUGGAAGUUUUUAUGAAAUAUCUGUCGUUACAUUAUUCAACGUAUUAAUUUUUAAUAUUAUUUUUUGCCAUUUUCAAUAGAAACAUAAAGAAUUUCGUUAUUUGGCAUUUAAAGUAUUCGCAAUAUCUUCACCGUUGCGGGUUUGUCGGACCGAUCGAUUCUUUCUAUUUAUUUUAAUAAUAACUACAUUCAAUUCUCUAUUAAUGGCUGCGCGUACAUUUAUUUAUGGAUUACGUUAUUUUUUUAUAUUAUAGAUAAUCGUUUUUGUUUUCUUUAUUUUUUUUUUUUUUUUUUUUACAUGUAUGCAGAGUGUCUGUUAAAAAGGAGAAUUGGUUACUAGAAAUAUUUGUUUUCUAAUUUCUUAUGUGUGUGCUGAUUAUUAUACAGCUUUCAUAAAUUUUAUAAAAUUUGCAUAACUUUAAAUGUUCCGCUGGAUAAUUCUAAUGUGAUAUAUGAGAAAUAUAUGUUAUGAUUUCGUUGAUACCGAAUUGGGAAGCUGCGCGUCGUAUCUGUUAGGUAUCAUUUCACCCAAUACACUUCCUACGGCAAUAACAUCCAACAACAGUGUUAUCGAGAUCGAAUCGAACCCUAUCCUCACGCGCGGCGGACUUUGGGGAGGGCAGGGGGGGGAGAGGAAAUAUUACGUGAGCAUCGCCGAUACUCGGCAUAUCUGCGUCAACCCUUCCCGCCGCCACACGAUUGUAAACGGGUUACGGGGAGGGUUACGGGACACGGCAAACCGCGUAUCGUAAGCCGGUAUUCAGGGCGGUAAGUGGAUUCACCGACGGCUCGGCUGUCACACGUCCGGCGAUAUUAGGUGCCGUGUUGAUCGUAGCAUUAAACGCGGCUCAUCGUGGCCGAAUGUAAACCGCGUGUAAAUCACAGUGUGACGUACGUAUCGUCUGCAUCUAGUUACUACGGCGAGCUGCGUUUAAUACGGCCGUUCAACGUCGUGUAUCCCGUCGUAUCGCCGCAGUGCGACGGACGGAGUCGUCCGGUUCGGUAUCUUCAUUUCUGUCGGCCACUUCCGUGUCUGCAUAUCGUUAAGUAUUCGGCGGUGCAAAGCAGGCGUAGAUGAGACUGGCGCAGGCCCGAAAUUUAGAGAGGCAAACGUUGUAACAUAGAUCUAGACAUAUCGCCGCCGACCGAAUCGUCAACGAUACGCCGGUGUCAUCGACAAGCCGAGGGUCGACCUGCCCGCGUCUCGAUUCUUACGUAAAAUCGACGACGGCUCGAUAAAGGAAUCGGCAUCUUAAUAUGAAGUGAGAUUGCUGCGACGAUGUUAGUGCCGUGCUAAAAGAAGAGUCAUCUAAUAUUUUAGAAUCCAAUGAACAAAUAUAACGAUGGCUAUUUUUUUUUAUUUUAUAAAUGAGGAUACUUUUUUACAUUGUGACAUAAAGUGAUACGACUGGAGCAAUCUUACUUCACGUAAUGGUAUCCGUCGCUCCCCAUUUCAACGCCUCCUGAUAAACUUUGUAGCCACACUAUGCAAAAUUUGUGAGCAGUAACUGCAAAGCAUGUUAUUUAAUAGUUUUAAAUAAACAGAGACAGUUUCAGGCAUAUGUGCAGCUUAAAGUAAGAUUAAGUAUUUUAAUUUUUCUGAAAUUUUUUUGCACUAGUUGUGUCUUUUAUAUUGUUCAUACAAAAUGUUUUUAUAUAAAAAUAUGUUUUCAAGUAAUUUAAUCAAAGAAAAUGUAAAAAGUAUAUUAGAUUAUCCACAAAACCAUUAAUAAUUUAUUAAAAUUCAAUAAAUUAACUUAUAACGCUUCUUUACUUGAGAUAAUUUAAAACUGAUUAUUAAAAAACUAAUUAUUAGAAAAUAAAUUUUAAUUAAUAUACAAGUAUUUUUUUAAUUUAGAACAUUGGGAUACGUUUUAAUUAAUAUAAUUUGUUGCAACAACAACGUUCGUUCCGACAUUACCUUUUUCUUUUUGUUUACCUGAAGGCGCAGCUACUUGUUUACAUUCUGCCUGAAGCCGAAUCUGCGCGAGGCUUCAGUCUGACACUCGGUGCGUUCCACGCGCGAACUUUCGCCGAGUGUCUACGAGCAAAUAACGAGCGUGUUCUCGGCGUUGAUGGCCGGAAAUUAGAUUUCCUCCCGUGCGGGAAGAACAAAGGAGAAAUCGAGGGGCAAUGGCUGGAGCGCCUUUAUCAGUCGUACGUGACAGCUCCUCGUCGCGCGCCGCUUUGGAACGUUGCGUUUUAGUCCCAGAACGUUAUUUUUAUAAAUAAAAAAAUGAAUAUAUAAAUAUAUAUAUGUAUGUAUAUGUAUGUAUACAGUAACGAUAUAUUAUUAUUGUGAGGGGAGAGAAAAGGCGUGAGAGAAAUGAUAAGAAGGGCGCCCAGAAAUCGUAAGUGGGCGAGUAAAUAUUAGUGAUACAAGCGGAUUUCCCGAGCGACGUGGAAAAAUACGCGAAAACACUUAGUCACUGUUUUUUACUAUUUUUUAAAACAAAACCGUGUAUGUGUACGUGAGAACGCGUGACCUAAGCUAAUUGUAUAACCAAGGGAUCCCGCGCGCGCGCGCUAUUUAUUUUUAUCAUCUCCGAGUGUUUUUGUAUAGCGAGCGGAAAUUGUGUCGAGUGGAAGUUUGUCGUUCUCCAACCAUCUCUCGUCGUCUUCAACGGCGAAAACCACGAGGAUCUUCGUCGGACAAUGUCCGCGACAGGAAAAGUAUUGAAAGCAAAUUUCGAUAGUUUUCUUAAUAUGGUACAUUGUGGAUGAAGUUACGUUGAGUGGACUAUAUAAAUAUUUGAAUUAAAUACGUGAAUAUACUUAAAAUUAUGAUUUCCUUGUUUGUAUGAUUUUUCUAUUUAUUUGAACAAGAGAACGUUUAUUUUCCUUAAACAGAACGUUUAUUUUAUUUUGUAUUGUGGUACAAUUCGUUUUUAAUAUAAAAUAGAAUUUGAAAAGGGGGGUGGCGGGGUUAGAAUUUAAUUUAUCAAGAUCAAUUUACUUGGCUUAAAAUUGUUGCAGAAUACUAAUUUAAUUAAAUGCACCGACAAGUGUGAUAAGCUCAACGUAUAUUUGUCCGCUAUGUCGCGAUUUCGUGGUUACUUGAUUUAUUUCUCACUCAUGAGAGACACACAUGUAGGAGAAUUGUAAUAGUGAUAUUGCGUUAGGGAUACCAACUAUGUUAAGUGUGUAAAUGUGUCCCGAGCAGUUGUAAUAUAUAAUUGCUCAUCCCGGCGUUCCGAAGCAAGUGUCCAUCAAUAGUUUUUUUUCCUCAAGCACCCAAUAUGAAGAAUGUCAGUAUAUCGGUGGCCUUUACAGACGUUGCUUGUUAACUAUGUAAAAGUCUCUACAAGAUCCUGAGAGCUUUGCACUCACAACUGACAUUUAUUGGAACAUUAAUUAGACCGACCAAAUCGUAUAAUAAUAAUUGCAUCUCGGACGCCAUCAGAGGCGACUUUAUAUUUGCUAUUGGUGAAAGUCACGGGAUAAUAAAACGGAAUAAUAAAUAAUUUAAUUCUUGCGAAUGCAACGUAAGUCAUAUCACAAAGCAAAGUGUAGACCUUAUAGAUUAAUAUAAAUUAAAUAAAGAAAAUUCUUAUUUAAGAAAAAUGUUAUUUAUAUUAGAUGUCAGUCAACUUAACAAGUUUCCACGGAGUUAUAAAAAUUAAUUUUUCUUAAUAAAAAUAAAAUUUUUGUGAAUAAUAUUUGUGAAAUGUAUGUUUAUUAUUAUUAUUCAGUUGUGUUUUUAAAAGAAUUUUAUGAAAUUUUUUGUAUCUGGCGUGUUGUAGUCGCCUCUGAAAAUAAUAUAUAAUAUUAAAAUAUUAUAAAGAAUCUUUUUUAAUAUGUACAAUCAAGGCUGCCGACAUUCCUUUACGAAUUCAAUUCAAUACCGCAUUUCCUUAUCUGACCUAUCAUUCUUGAAACUGCAAUUACGAUCCAGUCGAGACCACAAACUGCUUAGAGUUUAAGUUUCGCCAUGACUGAUUUAGCAGAGAGCAGUUAAGCCGAAAGAUGUAGCUUGUAUAUAAUUUUCUACGAACGGGGGAAAUUACGAGGCUCAGCCGCGUAAUGUAUAAUUGCCAGACAAUUGUUGAAAGCACCCACAUUCCAUCCGUUCGACGUUCGUGCGAGUCUAAAAAGGGAGAAACGGACCAUCGCGGGUCCGAAAGUCAAUCAGUAUGUUAGAUGGGAUAAUCGGUCCGCAUUUUCGACGCAUCUUCAAACGUGAAAACGAUGACUAUCUUGCGUAAAGAAAAUCAAACGUAACUACGGAACUUGCGGCGGGCACACGCUCGCACUUAUUGCGACGAGAAUGCGGCCAAACGCGUCCUAGUUCGAAGUGUCCUGACAGAGGUUUCAUCGCGUGCACGAACACGGACAUCGCGCGUAGACGCGCGUGUAGCGAAGCGUUAUCAAUGUCGCGAAGGACUCCGAGUGCGAAAACCGUGUGUACAUAAAUGUAAAUAUGGCUUUGUACAUGUUGGAAUACUUGUAAUGUAAAGUGGAACGCGAGCGCGAGAGAUCGAGAGAAUCGAAAGGAGAAACCUUGAGAGACGAUGAUUGGUAGUUGCGGGAAGAAAGCAUACCUAGGGUAAGUUUACUAGUAAGUAGCGAAGCUAUUACGAGCUAUUAUGUAUUAUCGGUGACGCGGCGCGGAGGACGCGCGAGGCGGAUCUUAACUUAAGUCCCAAACGCGUAUUAGUUAAUGUGUAAAUAAACUAAGCGAAGGAAGUAAAAUAUUAAAGAGCCCAAGUAAUCGUUGGAUAUUUAUAACAAACUCCACUAAAGUAGGCCGACGACGGAGAGGUAAACGAGACGGUUGGGAUCGAAACUCGCAAAGUCCAUCUCGGACGCGAAAUUCUAUUUAAACUCCUUUUCGCUCCUUUCGCUAGAAUUUAUGAUAUUUAUUUUAAAUAUAAAGUUGUAUUUAAAGCGAUCUGUCUUUUCUUGAGGAAGAGAAUCUGUGAAGAGAUCUAAUGUUUUAAGUAAUAAAAUUAUAUCUGAAGUCUCGCUCUCUUGUGACUUGCUUUAAACGUAAAAUUAUAUUCGAAGCGAAUCUUAUAAGAGAUACAGUUUUAUGUUUGAAAAUGAGUUCUCGGAGAGCGGAUCUUGGAUUUUACGGAUUACGAUCUAGGUGUCUCGAGUGAAAAAGAAAACAUAGAAAAGAACGAAAGGAAGAAAACGACAAAACGUAGUCGAGCACACUUGUCCACAUGUGUAUCGCUGCGCGAGAAAGGAUCAAAGGAUGAGAGGGAGGACGCGUGUGCGGCAUUAAUCGAACACGGACAGACGAUGUACAGUGCAUGUUUUAUCCUUAGCCGUUUUAUAAAUGUAAAUAUCUUCCGCCCCUCCGAGACCACUCUCUCUUUUCAUCCCCCUUCUUAUUCCCGCUCCGCUUUUCCGCGGCGAGAGAAACAGGCGUAAGAUUAAUUGAUCGUUGACCAAUCGAGAUGUUUCUUCUUUCGUCAUAACGAUCCUUUAUUAUCCGGUCCAUCUCCCGAUCCUUCACCUAGGACCCCUUCUCCGUAAGUCUCCUAACUUCGUCCUGCGAGAUACUUAGCGAGAUAAGCUUUCGUUUCGAAAGAAGAUGAAAGAGAUGAAAUGCGGGCAAAGCUAAAAAUCAUACUCUGUCGAUUUAUCGCCGCCCUCCAGGGCCGAUUCGAGACAUUUUGGAGCCUCUUACGAAGUGAUAUUUCGUCCCAUGUAUAUACUGUGAUUUGCAGUGAGUGGAUGGUAGAGCGCGAUAAGAACGCGAAUUAUUUCAUACUUGUUUAUACUUAUUUUUUCAACACACAAAAUUGCAAUCGUACGGGGCAUCAAAAUGACGGUCUCUGCAGUAGGCGCGGCGAUCAUGGUAGCGUUAAUUAAUUCUUAGCCUACUAUUGAUACCUCCAAGGUCCAGAAACGGUGUAACGAUGACGUUGACUAUACUAUUUGGUAUAGUUGAUGAUAGAGAGUCGCGUAUUAUAGUAUUAUAUUAUGCUAUAUGACUAUACUGUAUUUAGUAUAGUUAAUAAUAAUAGCUAUAUUAUAUUUCUUCUGCGAUUACUACGACUCAUGUGACUAUUUAAAGCUGCUGGUACUUAGAGACGUGUCAAUAGAGGAAAAAGGUUUAAUCCGCUUCCGGCCAUCUCCUUCUCCCAAACCGUCGAAUCGAAAGCCACGAAAAUCGCGGGCUCUAGGGUCCAUGCGAUCACAUAUGAUUCAUACAAUUCUGUGAUUUUACCUUUUACGUUUUUCCUUUGUGAUGUAAAUGAUACUUAACGCUAGAACGCUAAGCAGUGCACCCUCAGACGCUAAUUCUUUUGCUUGUCUAUUGAUAUAUUCCUCAUAAAUAAUGAAUAUAAGGUUUAUAUCAAUGAUGAUUAUCAAUAUUCUCUUUUCGUUUUUUGUUAAUUACACGGUUUCGUGAUAUAAAAAAAUACAAGCUUUUUUAACACUUUGUGUCAUCGCAAUUAAUAACUAUUUAUAGAAAUUAUAUUUCAGCGUUAGCAAUAAAAAAUUAAUUAUUACAAUUGUUAAUUUUUUUCAAAUUGUUCAAAUUUUGUUUUCUUUUAUCUUGCCUGUUCGAGAUCAUCUGUCGGAAAGUGUUGAUAAUUAUUAUUAAUUACAUUAGCGUUCUAGGGUUUAAGCACGCGCACAUUUAACAAUAUAUGCAUGAGUUUUCUGUACUACGUCGCCUGCCUGCGCACGCUAAGAAAAAAGAAAGUUUAAUGAAACAGAGGAAGGAUAAAGGUAGAGGAUGAAGAAGAAUGUGAAGCCUAGGUAUCUCCGAACUAAUAAGAGCCUCCGUUUCUUGAUUUUUGUAUGCUUCUUUAAAACUGUCUGAUACAAGGAAAAACAAAGGAUAAAUAAAUGUGUACCAAUCUCUGAA